AUGCUGGCAAAAUGGGCUCUUAGGCGCGUUCAGCGCAGCAUGCCUGGGAUUAGUACUGCAAGGACAGUCAGACCCUUGUACUACCCUCUGGGCUAUUCACUUUACUCCAUCCGCACGACAUCACGGAAAAGACCACAGCAUGUAGUCCCAUUGCAGAGGCGUGGCCUGUUUACAUCUGCCAUUCCACCUGUCCUGAUACCGCCUGUAAUCUUCAUUACUCUGCUACUGGGCCUAUGGACAUGGAAAUGUUUCUGGAUCGUCGUGAUGCAGGACAAGCUCUUGUAUAUCUCGUGGCUACCGCCGUUCGCCCGCUCGGAGCAGAUAUCCGACUACGCAGGCGAAUGCAAGCCCGUCCGGUGGGAAGAAAAGCGCAUUCGAAGUUUGGACGGGACCAAGUUGGCUGUAUGCGAAGGUCGGAUGCCAGCUACCCCUCGCAGCGUGACCCGGAAGCCGCAUGCGCAGGGGCAUGGGCCGGCACGGAAGAAGGUAGUGGUGAUCUGCUACUUCCAAGGAAACGGCGGUUCGACUCCCAUGCGUCUACCGCUAUUGUCGCAGUUCCUGCGGGCUAUCCACUCGCCAACCGGGGACGUGGACUAUGUCGUCGUCGCCCUGUCGUAUCGCGGGUACUGGACGUCCUCUGGUCGCGCGAGCCAGAUAGGGAUCGAGCUCGACGCGGUCGCGUUUCUGCAGUGGGUAGCCGAGACGUACAGCGCACCUGACAGGGAUGUCCGGAUGGUGCUCUGGGGUCAUAGUCUGGGCACGGCGAUUGCCAGCUCUGCGGCUGCGACGUACCUGGCUCGGCAGUCAUCAGCAUGUAGUUCUCUGUCCGUUCCCAUCGCCGGAAUGAUACUGGAAGCACCGAUGUCGAGCACCAAGGACAUGCUGAUCAGCCUGUAUCCGCAAAAGUGGCUGCCGUAUCGGUACCUGUGGCCGUUUCUCUGGAAUAAUUGGAGCAGUGCGGUAGCGCUGGAGCGGAUGGCGCGGUGGCGGGAUCAAGAUCGUGAUGAGAGAGGGCAUGAGCAUGCGGUUCCGCCGAUCCUGCUGCUUUCGGCUGAGAAGGACGAAGUCAUCCCGGCAUAUGCGGCUGCGGAGCUGGAACAAGAGGGCAGGAGACUUGGACUGAAGGUGGACAGAUUGGAUGUCUCCGGGGCCAUGCACGCGGAGAUACCGGUCAAAACGGCCGGGAGGCAGGCCAUGAUGGAUUUUAUAAAGAAAUGUACCGCUUCGUAG